UUUCCGAUUUUAUAAUGAAACGGGACGCUUUUCCUGAGCCGCUUCCCGGUAAAAAGCGCGAGACCGUGCCUGUUCCCACUCCAUACCGCAGCUUGUACCAGGGUCGGAGGAGACCAAACGACAGACGGGUGUUCAGGGAGCGGUUCAAUUUGGUUGGCCAACCCCAGGGCCAGCAAAUAUCGUUUGAAGGAACCUUUGAUUGUCCUCUCACAUAUUUAGCGGUGGAGACGCAGUGUAAUAUUCCGAUAUUAUUGAGAGGAGGCGUUGGACAUGCCCACUUCAAUGUCAUAAUAAAGGCUAGACCAUACGAUGAAGUGUCGGGCCAGCUCCGAGCCUUCUGCGUGGACACGAAUCAAAAUUAUUACAAAGAUAAGAAAACACAAAGUGUCGCCAGACUUUAUGUUUUCCCAGAAACAAGUAAAUUGCCACAAGAAUUAGACUAAA